AUGGCUAAGUUAUCAAACCUUAGCUCGAGCAACAAUGAUAAGAAGGACAAGAAGAGCAAGAAGAAGAAGAAGAGUGCUGGUCCGAAAGCGUUGUCGAUGAAGGUCAGUGCUCCGAAGGCGAAUCCAUUCGAGAGCAUUUGGUCUCGUAGGAAAUUUGACGUCCUUGGGAAGAAACGUAAGGGAGAAGAGCGUCGUAUUGGCCUUGCUCGCUCGAUUGCGAUUGAAAAGAGGAAAAAGACGCUGUUGAGGGAGUACGAGCAAAGUGGUAAGUCUACAGAAUUUUCCGAUAAGCGAAUUGGGGAACAGGACGAAGAGCUUGGGGAGUUUGACAAGGCUAUUUUACGUUCGCAGCGUGAACGGAAGCUAAAAUUGAACAAGAGCAGCAAAUUUAACUUAUCUGAUGGAGAAGAUGACGAUUAUUUUGGAAGCAAUAGUCUUGGCGCGUUACCUGCAAAUGACGAUUUUGAGGACGAAGUAAUACCUGACGACGAUGACGAUGCAGAAGCUGCUGAAACUAAGAAAGGGGCUUAUCAUGGUGCACCAUAUCCACAAAAAGGUGGUUUAUUAGAGGGAGAGGAAAACAAACGCAAAAGCAAGAAGGAAGUGAUGGAUGAGAUUAUCGCAAAGAGCAAAUUUUUCAAGGCACAAAAAGCAAGGGAUAAGGAAGAAAAUGAACAACUUAUUGAAGACCUGGACAAGAAGUUUGAGUCGUUGGUCCAGUCUGAGGCAUUAUUAUCUCUCACUAGUUCUGGUAACGCAAAUGCCUUGAAGGCUCUUGUUCAAAAGAGUAUUCCAAAUGAGCAUUUGAAGAAGGAUAAUUUGCUCGCUACUGGGAAGACUGAAAAUUUUAAUCAGGAAAAACCUGAUGCUUUUGACAAGCUUGUCAAAGAGAUGGCAAUGGAAAUACGUGCACGCCCCUCUGACAGGACAAAGACCCCGGAAGAAAUUGCCCAGGAGGAACGGGAACGGCUUGAACAAUUAGAGGAGGAAAGACAGAAACGGAUGCUUGCGCCAGAUAAUUCUAGUGAUGAUGAAGACGGUGAUGCUGAAAAUGCAUCUGUACAGAAACAAAAAUUUAUAUCUGGGGAUGAUCUUGGUGAUUCAUUCACGCUUGAUGAUGAUGAGCGCAAUCAUAAAAAGGGUUGGGUUGAUGAGAUUUUUGAAAGAAAGGAUGCUGAUGGCACUGAAAGUGAAGAUGAUGAUUCUGCAGAAGAUUCAGACAGUAGUGAUGAUGUGGGUGGGGAUUCUGAUGAUGAAUCCGAGGAAGAUGAUAACACUCGUGGAAGGAAGCAUUCUUUGAAGGAUUGGGAACAGAGUGAUGAUGACAUUCUUGACUCUAAUUCAGAAGAGGACGAUGAAGCAAGUAAAGAAGACAAGGAACUGGAUGAGAACCAUCCUAAAAAGGCAAACAAGGGUGCCAUAGUUAAAAGUAGUAAAAGUGAAGGAAGCUCUGAAGAUGCUAAGAAAUUAGAAAAGAAUACGAAGCGUGAAAAUAAACCAGAACUUCCUUAUAUAAUUGAAGCACCAGAGAGCUUUGACCAAUUUUUGUCAUUAUUGGCUGAUUGUUCAGAUAGCGAUGUAAUCUUGAUCAUUGAUCGAAUUCGGGCAAGUAAUGCUAUCCAGUUAACAGAAAAAAAUCUGGAAAAAAUGCAGAGAUUCUAUGGCAUACUUCUGCAAUAUUUUGCUGUAUCAGCAAAUAAGAAGCCAUUAAACGUGGAGCUACUAAAUUUGCUUCUCAAGUCGUUGAUGGAGAUGAGUAGGCAGAUUCCUUUCUAUGCUGCUACAUGUGCUAGGACGAGGAUAUCCCACACUCAUCAACAGUUUUGUGUUGAUAAUAAGAAUCCAGAGAAUAGCUCAUGGCCUUCUUCCAAAACUUUGAUUCUCUUGAGGCUGUGGUCAAUGAUAUUUCCUUGCUCUGACUACCACCAUGUGGUCAUCACACCAGCAAUAUUGUUGAUGUGCGAAUAUUUGAUGCGUUGCCCUAUUGUGACCGGUCGGGAUAUUGCAAUUGGCUCUUUCUUGUGUUCUCUUCUGCUCUAUGUAGCCAAACAAUCUUUGAAGUUCUGUCCUGAAGCAAUAAACUUUCUCCAAACUUUGUUGAUCGCAGCUGCUGGUAGAAGGUCAUUACCCUCGCAAAAUCCCCAGCAGAUUUGUAAUCUAGUGGAUUUACAUGCACUUGGGCAGUUGCUGCGUAUACAGAAUCCUACAAACGAGAUUACCCCCCUGGACUUCUUCUUUAUGAUGAAUUUGACUGAACAUUCUUCCAUUUUUAGCUCCGACAGUUACAGGGCCGGGGUGCUGUUGACAGUUAUUGAAACUCUUGAUGGAUUUGUUAACGUAUAUGGCCAAUUGAAAUCCUUCCCAGAAAUCUUCAUGCCAUUCUCGACAAUUUUACACGAAUUGGCACUGCAGGAGAACAUGCCGGAUGUAUUACGUGAUAAAUUCAGAAAAGUUGCUGAAGCAAUUGAAGCCAAAACGGAGGAGCAUUAUAUGGGGCGGCAACCUCUUAGAAUGAGGAAGCAGAAGGCUGUGCCAAUCAAAUUACUGAAUCCAAAAUUUGAGGAGAACUUCGUUAAGGGCAGAGACUACGAUCCAGAUCGUGAACGAGUUGAAAAAAGAAAGCUGCAGAAACUUUUAAAACGUGAAGCUAAAGGAGCAGCCCGUGAACUACGCAAGGAUAACCAUUUCUUGUUCGAUGUGAAGGCAAGAGACAAGGCACUGCAGGAAGAAGAAAGAGCAGAACGAUACAGAAAGGCGAGCGCCUUCCUUCAACAACAAGAGCACGCCUUCAAAUCGGGGCAGUUGGGAAAGGGAAGGAAGAGAAGAAAAUGAAACCAAUGGGGGGUUUGAUUUGUGUUUCAUAGUCUGUCUCCAAGAGGACGAACUAAACACAUCAUACACUGCCAUGAAAAGCGAAUCAACCACGAAGAAAGAACGAGCAACCACAAUUCAAUUCGACCGAUCGAAUCGUAUGCAUUUGCUUCCCUAGAGAACCAAUCAAAAUUUUGGCCCAAGCUAAUAUUCAUAUUUAUUGUGUUUGUUACUCAUCCAGUUCAUUGAACAUCUUCAUGAGUAUGAAGCCUCUUUGUGGUUUGGGUCCUGUAUUAUAGGUUCAUGCCUCGUAGGGGCAACCAUGAGAUUAUUAGGAUGAUGAUAUAAAUGUAGUUUUAGGGUGUUAUG